AUGGCAUACAAAUCGGUGUUCGAUUUUUCCGUGGCAAAAUCAGAAUUCGAAAACGUCGGCAUCAAACCUCACUUCAUCCCUCUCGUCUGGAAGCACGUUUUACAAAACCCUAAUUGCCAGUGGGAUGAAAUUCCAUCUUUGCCUUCCGCGGCUUACUCUUUGCUCAACUCUAAAUUCAAAUCCUGCACUUCCACUCUCCACUCAGUCAUUAAUUCGAACGACACAGUCACCACCAAGCUCCUCAUCAAAUUACAGAAUGGAGAAUUCGUGGAGGCUGUCAUAAUGAGAUAUGAUACACGUCUGGGAAAAUAUGACGGGAAGCCUCGUCCUGGUGGACCUAGGUCAACCUUGUGCAUAUCCUCUCAGGUUGGAUGCAAAAUGGGUUGCAAGUUUUGUGCAACAGGAAGCAUGGGAUUCAAAAAUAAUCUUUCAUCAGGUGAAAUUGUGGAACAACUGGUUUAUGCCUCUCGCAUAUCAGCUAUACGAAAUGUUGUUUUUAUGGGCAUGGGAGAGCCAUUGAACAACUAUGCCUCAGUGGUGGAAGCUAUUAGAGUCAUGACAGCAUCUCCUUUCCAGCUUUCACCCAAGAAAAUUACUGUCUCAACGGUUGGCAUUAUCCAUGCUAUCAACAAGCUUCAGACUGAUGUACCAAACUUGAACCUAGCCGUUUCACUGCAUGCACCAGUACAAGAUAUUCGAUGCCAGAUAAUGCCUGCAGCACGGGCUUUUCCUUUGGAAAGACUAAUGAAUUCAUUACGAGAAUAUCAAAAUAACAGUCGGCAGAAAAUCUUUAUCGAGUACAUAAUGCUUGACGGGGUGAAUGAUGAAGAACAACAUGCUCACCAGCUUGGCAAAUUGCUGGAGACGUUACAAGUGGUUAUAAACUUGAUUCCAUUUAAUCCAAUUGGUACUCUGAGUCAUUUCUCAACUAGCAAUGAUCAGAAAGUCACCAGCUUCCAGAAAAUACUUAGAGGGAACUAUUCAGUGUAUAUUUUGGCAAGGUUUCUUAUUUUCUCCAUGCGUCAAAGGCAACUAGCUGAAAAAGAAAUUUUAUGCUGA